CUUCGGUGUAGAUGACGGAUGCUGCGCUGCGUCCCACACGCUGGUCCAUACUGAUGCCCAACAGACGGACAUUACACGAGAAAAACAACAAACAGCCUCCAUCACUGAUAUUCAGCCCUGUUGGUCGGUGUUGAUGUCUGAGCACUGCAUGGCUAACAGAGGACCGAGCUACGGGCUCAGCCGUGAGGUCCAGGAGAAGAUCGACCAGAAGUAUGAUGCUGAGCUGGAGCCUCGCCUGGUGGACUGGAUCCUGUCGCAGUGUGGAGACGACCUGGAGAGACCGGAGCCUGGCAAACAGAACAUCCAGAAAUGGCUCAUGAGUGGAACAAUUCUGUGCCGUCUCAUCAACAGUCUGUACCCGAGUGGUAUGGAGCCCAUUAAGAAAAUUACAGAAACUAAAAUGGUCUUUAAACAAAUGGAGAAGAUUUCGCAGUUCCUGAAGGCCGCUGAGGAAUACGGAGUCAAUAGAGGAGACAUAUUUCAGACAGUUGAUCUUUGGGAAGGGAAGGACAUGGCGGCGGUCCAGAGGACACUUGUGGCACUGGGAAGUGAAGCUGUCACGAAAGACGACGGUCAUUUCCAUGGAAACAAAGACUGGUUUCAUAGGAAAGCUAAAGUACAGAAGAGGGAGUUUUCCGAGGAGCAGUUGCGUCAGGGCAGGCGUUUGAUUGGUAUGCAGAUGGGAAGCAAUCGCGGAGCGUCUCAGUCCGGAAUGGUGGGUUACGGCACCCCGCGACAGAUCAUGCGCCACGACUCUCCCCGACACAACGGAACUGAGUCUGACAGCAAUCCCUAAACACUCCAGUCUGGUAGGAUCGAAAAGCUCUGAUGGAGUGUUACAGUCAGAGUCGUGUAUGUGUGUACAGUAUAUAUACAGAUACAAUAGACAUCAGAUUUGAGUUUACACACAUUAGUGUUAGUCCUUUACCCACAAUCCACCAGAAACGCUAUUAAAAUAAAAUUCAAUCGUGAAACUUUGAAUGUGUUGCCCUUUGAGAAGCUGACAGACAGGCUUUUGGGGACGGUCAGAUGUUUAGUCGUGCAUGCCGCGAAAUAGAAACAUUCAAAACAGAGAAGUCUUCUUUUGGGGCGUCAUAGUAUAUGUUUGUGGUUGAUGUGAUGCUGUAAUACACAAAUACGAACGCAUGUGGCUGCAAAAAAAUCAUUUUCUUACUAAGUACUUUAAUCUUGUUUUGCAGUAUAAGUAACUCAACAUUCUAAAUACAUUUCUUUGAGAAGUAAAAUGAUGUAAGAGAUGGUAAACCAUGUUUUCUUGAAAAAAAAAAAUUGCAUUUUUGUUUAAAAGGAGACCAUAUAUCUGCCAAUUGUAUGAAUGAAUGAUUUUUUUUACUUAAUAUUUUGGCAAAUUUGAAUUGUGAGCAUUACCUCACUAAAUUUAGAAACAGGCUUAACAUCUUAAAUCAUUUUACUUCUUUAAUAAAUGCAUCUUUAGGAAUGGUACAUAUUUGUUCUAGAAUACAUCUACAAAAAUGCCAAAGAAAAUAUUUUUUUGCAGUCUCACAGGUUCUGAUAAGAUGUGCAGAACUGACAGAUUUGUGCUGUUUUCACACACAAAAAAAGAAUGUUCACAUUGUCCUGCUUAUUUUUCAGACGUCACAGAAGCAAAAUGAAGCUUGAGGGUGCAGUUUUGUCAUCAAAAAGUGUAUUUAAGUUGCUCUGUAUUCACUGUACAGAAUCAAUUGUGGUAUUUAUGAAAUAUAUCUGGUAUUUAUGAAAAUGUCUUCAAAACAUUUCAUUGGAUUUACUAACAUGUAUGUAAGUCCUUUAAAUGUGCUCCUGGUUGUAUUAUAGAUUAUAAAACCAUUAUUUUUUGUGAGGUUUCAUGUUUCAUACACAUAUUUUUGACAAUCACACACCUUUUUAUGACUUGGAGAAGUCAAAAUGUUUUGGUACAUUUAACAGUUUCAGUAUCGUUCAUUUCAUGUUGUUAUUGCUGUGAUGGUUUGAUUUUAAAUGUACCUCAUUUAUUUAUUUGAAAAAUACAUGAUCUGUAACGUAAUAUAUAAUCAUCUAUAACUUGA